AUGGUUGCUUUUGAACAAACAAAUAUUGAUAUGAGUAUUUGGACAUUAUUUUCGCAAUCUUCUGCAACCAUUUUUCUGGAUGGGUUUUCUGCUACUUCACAUCUAACAUUGUUAUUAGUCUUAUCCAUGUUUUGGGCUUACAAGAGACACACGAUGCCUACCUUUGAAAAUCCAAAACCGGUUUUGAAGAAUACAUACUUUUUACAUUAUUGGUUAGUCUUUAUAUCUUGCUUGGGUCUAGCUUUCUAUCAUCUUUUCCUAUGGUUGUUAAUAUACUUCUCUGGGUAUAGACAUGGUUGGCCUAACCUAAAUGUUGUUGCACAAUUGGAUUUUACAUUCAGAACACUCAGCUGGUUUGUGAUAUCUGCUUACUUGCACUUCCAGUUUUCUCACUCGAGAGAGCAUAUGUUUCCCAUUCUACUAAGAAUUUGGUGGGCCUUCUACUUCCUAUUGUCUAGCAUUUAUCUUGGUACACAUUUUAGUUUGCAUUGGAAGAAUCGGUACUUACCAUCCUUAUUAUGGGUCUCUGACGCUAUAUCCAUUAUUGCUGGUUUGUUUUUGUGCUAUGUUGGGUUAUUUGGCAAAGAGCAAGAAGAUGAAGAUUUCCAUCUUUUAGAGCCUCUAUUGAAAAAUAGUUUUAAUCCAAGUAAUGGUGACAAUAUAAAAGAAUCAAAUUAUGUUGGAGAGGGUGUAACUCCUUAUGCAAAUGCCAGUGUUCUUAGUAUUUUUACUUUCACUUGGAUGGACCCUUUACUUGCACUCGGAUGUAAAAAAACGCUGAACCUUGAAGAUGUUCCUCAACUUGCCAAUUGUGAUAGUGCCAAGGUGGUCUUUGCUCAUUUUAGAAAUAAACUUGAAUCUGAUGGUAAUGAUAGAGGUAGUGUUGGUCAGAUAAACACAAUCAAGCUAGUGAAAGCAUUGAUUCUUUCAGCAUGGAAAGAAAUUCUAUGGACGACUCUGUUCUCCAUUAUACACACAUUGGCUUCUUAUAUUGGACCAUGCCUUAUUAAAGCCUUUAUCCAGUAUCUCAAUAGCCCUCACCAAUUAAAAUAUAAAGGCUAUAUGUUAGUGUUUGUUUUCUUUCUUUCAAAGCUUAUAACAAGCCUCUCAGAGAGACACUUAUUCUUUCAAUUGCGAAAGAUGGGAAAUAAAGUCCGUGCUGCCUUGUUAGCAACAAUCUAUAAGAAGGUUCUCAGGCUUUCAAGCCAAUCAAAGUGGGACCAUAAUAGUGGGGAGAACAUUAAUUUGAUAAGUGUUGAUGCUGAAAGGAUUGGCUUCUUUAGCUGGUAUUUGCACAAUAUAUGGAGGGUGCCUCUUCAAAUUGUUUUAGCAUUAUUGAUCUUAUACGAGAGUCUUAGGCUCGCUUCACUUGUGGCUUUUGUUGCUACAAUGAUUUUGAUGUUAGCAAAUAUUCCACUCGGAAAAUUACAGAAAAGAUUUCAAGAAAAAUUGAUGGAUUCAAAGGAUCGAAGGAUGAAGGUGACAUCUGAAGCUUUGAAGAAUAUGAGGAUUCUCAAGCUCCAUGCCUGGGAGAUGAAGUUCUUGACUAAGAUAAUUAAACUCAGAAAUUUGGAAACAAAAUGGUUAAAAAAGUUACUUUAUUCAUCGGCUCUUAUUGGCUCUAUUUACAUGUCUGCUCCCAUGUUUGUAUCUAUUGUUACUUUUGGAUUUUGUGUACUUAUGGAAAUUCCGCUAGAGUCAUGGAAGAUUUUGUCAGCACUUGCAACAUUUAAUAUAUUGCGAGGGCCCAUUUAUAAUCUCCCAGACACAAUUUCUAUGAUAGUUCAGACUAAAGUUUCGCUCGAUAGGGUAAUCUCAUUCCUUUGUCUCAAUGAUCUUCAUCCGAAUAUAGUUCAUACGCUUCCAAAAGAUUAUAUCGAGAUUGCAGUUGAAAUAGUCAAUGGGAAUUUUUCUUGGGACCUUCAAUCUCCUAAUCUCACACUAAAAGAUCUCAAUUUUCGAGUAUACCAUGGUAUGAGGGUGGCUAUUUGUGGUUCUAUUGGGUCAGGAAAGUCAAGUCUAAUUUCAUGCAUAUUGGGGGAAGUUCCAAAGGUAUCUGGAUCUAUUAAGUUGAAUGGGACAAAGGCCUAUGUUCCACAAUCACCUUGGAUACAGAGUGGCAAGAUAGUAGAUAAUAUAUUGUUUGGUAAAGAGAUGGACAAAGACAAGUAUGAGAUAAUCCUUGAAGCAUGUUCAUUGAAGAAGGACAUAGAAUUAUUAGCCUUUGGGGACCAGACUAUCAUAGGUGACAAGGGGGUCAACCUUAGUGGUGGACAAAAACAAAGAAUCCAAAUUGCACGUGCUUUGUACCAUGAUGCUGAUAUUUAUCUACUUGAUGAUCCCUUUAGUGCAGUGGAUGCUCACACAGGAACUCAUCUAUUUAAGGAGUGCUUGCUGGGAAUUUUGGGUUCAAAAACGGUAAUUUAUAUUACCCAUCAAAUAGAGUUUUUAUCUUUUGCUGAUCUUAUCCUGGUUAUGAGAGAUGGAAAAAUUACCCAAGCAGGUAAGUAUGAAGAAAUUCUUAGUUCAGGAACCGAUUUUAUGGAUUUAGUGAGUCCACAUAAGAAAGCUUUGGCAGAACUUAAUUCUAUCAAAUGUGGGACUACUUUGGAUUAUUUAGUUAAUGAUGAGAAAGAUGAUGAUAGUAUGUUAUAUAGUGAGAAGUCUAUUCAAGAUGAUAAGGAAAGAGAAUCCAAAAAUCACAAAACAGAAGAUCUAGUAAGGCCAAAAGAGCAACUUGUUCAAGAAGAAAAGAGGGAAAAUGGUGGAGUUAGUUUUGCAUUCUACUGGAAGUAUGUUACCACUACAUAUAAAGGGGCUUUUGUACCAUUUAUACUGUUAGCAGAAAUCCUUUCUCAGCUUCUCCGAAUAAUUAGCAGUUAUUGGAUGGUGUUGGCUACUCCCGUUUCAGAGGAAAUGAAACCCCAUUUUAAAGGAUCCACUAUCAUCUUUGUUUAUGUUGCUUUGACCCUUGGAAGCUCUCUUUUUGAACUUAUAAGGACUAUGCUCACAGUAACUACUGGAUAUAAGACAGCCACUCAGCUCUUCAACAAAAUGCAUUUGUGCAUUUACCGUGCUCCUAUGUCAUUUUUUGAUUCUACUCCAAGUGGAAGGAUUCUAAAUCGGGCAUCCAUAGAUCAAAGUGCAGUUGAUACUUCUAUUCCACGUUCCUUUGAAGAACUUCUAAUUUCAAUCAUUGGAUUCUUAGGAUCCAUUGCAGUAAUGUCACAGGUUUCAUGGCAGAUGUUAAUAGUUUUUAUUCCAAUGUCUUUGGCAUGCAUAUGGUACCAGCAUUGA